AUGCAAGCCCGAAUCGAGCUCCUCGAGGAGCAAGUGUUUGAGCUCCGGGCUCUUUUGGGUGUGGAGGAGGGAGGUUUCGAGAUUGUGCGAACGCCAAGGCCUGUUUCAGUGCAGGGCUCACCGGAGCCCAGGUCGGCUGGCCGUGCACGCAGCAGUCAAGCAGCAGCCAGCUCCCGCGCGGAUACCCAUUGCAGCAGUGCAGCUCGGAACCACGGCGAGGGCGUGCCGCCUUUGCCCAGGACCGACAGAGAUUCGGCUUGCAGGGAAAUUGGACUCUGGCUCCUCCGCUCGCUGUCUGGAGAGCAUAGGGGGGCGUCGGGGCACGAGGGAAAUCUCUUGCAGCCAGUGCGAGUGUACACGUCGUAUCACGAAAAGGGGAGGAGUGCUGCACAGCCAGACUACCUGUUGGUGGGCCAGGACGGGCCGGACUACGACUAUGUGGUCGGCGUCCUGAGCUUCGCUAGUGGGCCCGAAGGAGCUGCCUCGACAUGCGAAGUGCCUCCGUGUGCGCGCCUUGGUCUGCGGCGCCGUAUGGCCCCUUUCGGCGCGAUGCCUUUCUGGCUCGUCGCCUGUUUGCCGACUGGCCUGGGAGAUGGCCGGAGCUGGAUUCUGGGUAUUGCCGUGGUUUUACAGCCACCGAACGUUUCUUUUCGUAUGCCACUUGUGAUUGGCAGCUUUCGCUCCAUCUACGAUCCGAAUUUCGGCUGCUCUUGA